AUGGCUUCUAUCGCUGGCAAAGUAUUUGCCUUGACAGGUGCCAGUUCUGGUCUCGGGUUAGCGACAUGCUGCAGGCUUGCGAGGCUAAAAGCCAGAGCCGUCUCCGUGGGCGACAUCAACCCCAGCUUCUUUGACAGCGCCAGGAAGAAACUACAGUCAGUCAACCCUGAUAUGCAGGUAUCUAUGUCGAAAGUCGACGUGGCUUCGAGCCUGGACGUCAACACCUGGAUCAAGGACACGGUCAACACGUUUGGCGGUCUCGACGGAGCAGUGAAUUGCGCGGGAGUCAUCAACAUGUCUGCCAACCAACAAACGCCGCUGUUCUUGAACGAAACAGACGAGACGUGGAACCGCGUGAUGAAUGUGAACCUCACGGGGAUCUUGUACAGCAUGAGGGCGCAAGUGAAGGCGAUGAUGGAGUUGCCCCCGUCGCCGCGCAGCAUCGUCAACAUUGCGAGUGCGGCAAGUUUGUUUCACGAUCCGAGCAUUUUGUCAUACUGUGUGACGAAGCACGCCGUGGCCGUUCUAACGACCACCGUGUCGAAGGAAUUGGGGCCGUUGGGAAUUAGAUUAAACGCUGUGUCUCCAAGCGCAACGAAGACGGGAAUGGCGUUAUCAUGGUACAAAGAUGAAGAGGAAGCCGAGGCAGAUAUGGCGAGGCGCGGAGUGGUGCUGCUUGACCCGGAGAGAGUGGCCGAGACGAUAACAUGGCUGCUGAGCGAAGAUUCGACGGGCAUCAACGGCGUCAAUGUUCCUGUGGGGGCGAGUGCUUCAUAG